GCUAUCCCAGCGUCCCCCGCGCGCGGCACCCCUCAGCCAAGAUGGCGGCGCCCACGCUGCGGCGGUGCUGCGGCCGGGCGGCGGGGCUGUGGGGCGGCUUGCGGCGGGUCCACCAGCAGGCGCGGCAGACUGGGCGCGCCAAGGGGCUGCUGGCGGAGCAAUGCGAGCGCGGCCUCUUCCAGGAGGUGUUCCCAGCGCAGAGCGCGGAGGAGCAGCUGCCGGAGCUGCUGGCGCCGGGCCGGCCGCCGCUGACGGCCUACUGCGGCUUCGACCCCACGGCUGACUCGCUGCACGUGGGGCACCUGCUGGCCGUCAUGGCGCUGCUGCACUUCCAGCGCGCCGGGCAUCACGUUAUCGCCGUGGUGGGCGGGGCCACGGCGCGGCUGGGCGACCCCAGCGGGCGCGCCAAGGCGCGGGAGCAGCUGGCGGCCGAGCGAGUAGAGGCGCACGCGCAGGGGCUGCGCGCCGGCCUCCGGCGCCUCUUCGACAACCACCGGCAGCUCUUCUGGGCGGGCGGCGGGCCGCUGGGGCGGGCCGCGCUGCUCGACAACGCCGCCUGGCUCGGCCCGCAGCCGCUGCUCGACUUCGCGUGCGGCGCAGGCGGGCGGCUCCGCAUGGGCGCGCUGCUGAGCCGGCAAGGCUGCCAGGCGCGGCUGCGCAGCGCCGAGGGCAUGAGCCUCGCCGAGUUCCUCUACCCGGCGCUGCAGGCCUAUGACUUCCUCCACCUGCACCGCCACCACGGCUGCCGCGUCCAGCUGGGCGGCGCCGACCAGAUGGGCAACAUCAUGUCCGGCUACGAGCUCGUCACCAGGGUGACAGGAGAAGAUGUGUUUGGAAUUACCGUACCUCUUAUUACCAGUACCACUGGAGAUAAACUGGGAAAGACUGCUGGUAAUGCAGUUUGGCUGAACAGAGAUAAGACUUCUCCAUUUGAGCUAUAUCAGUUUUUUGUCAGACAACAAGAUAACAUAGUUGAAAGAUACCUGAAACUCUUCACCUUCCUUCCUCUUGAGGAGAUUAACCACAUCAUGGAAAUGCAUGCUAAAGAACCUGAAAAAUGGGGCCCUCAGAAACGACUUGCUGCAGAAGUAACUAAGCUUGUUCACGGUAGAGAAGGGCUGGAAUCUGCUAAGAGGUGUACUAAAGCCCUUUAUUACAGCAGUGUGGAGGCAUUAGAAGCUAUGUCUGACCAAGAGUUACAGGAACUUUUUAGACAAGCUUCUUUUGCCGAACUGAUGCUUGAACCUGGAAUGAACGUGCUCGACUUGUGUCGCAAAGCAAAUGCCAUUCCAAGUGGACCUAGUGGGUACCAGAAAAUUACAGAUGGUGGAGUUUCAAUAAACGGGAUCCGAGAAACUAAUCCUGAGACUGUUCUUGUUGUUGGACAGCAUAUUCUCAAGAAUGGAGUAUCAUUGCUUAGGAUUGGAAAGAAAAAUUACUACAUUAUAAAAUGGCUGCAGUUGUGACAACAGGAUGUCUCUGUAAAAUGAGGUAUCAUUUCAGCUCUGUUGCCUGAAGAUGUACUUGCAGAUGUUUCUAUACAGUGUAUUACUGUACAGCUCACAAAAACUGCCUAAGACCAGAGGGUAGUUUUUCUAAAAAUGCAAGAACCAAAAUAGACUGAAGGGGCUUAAAUAAAGGCAGCUAAGAUACUGAAGAUGUGUGACUUCACAUUUUAAUUGUGACAAUGAGUAAAUUAUCAGACUUGCUAAAUACUGAAUCAGAAAGUAAGUAAUAAAUAGAAAUUCUUACUAGAUUUUUCCAUCUGCUGCUCCUCAGAUUCCGUCAGGAUAGAUCAUGCUUCAUUCAUGUAGCCCUCAAACUGCAAACAUCAUGAAAAUCUGCACAAUCUACAUUGUGGCAGGUGCAUCUGCAUUUGGAUUUUUGAACUCAUUAGAAUUAUUAUUUUAACAAUUGGGCUUUUUUUUUAAUUGACAUUUAAAGUUAAUCCAGUGGCUAUGAAUGUCAGCUGUUACCUGCAUAGAGUAGCCAGACUUGAGUGACAGUUUUGUUCUGUCCACUAGGAAACAGUAAGGUACAGAACUAUCUAAAACACCAAAAAGGAGCAGCUGGAAUUGCCAUGGGAACAGGUGCAGCUAAAAUGCAGAACUGGAAUGUUGUCCUGUGCAACUUUUGGAUCUUUUUAUCUUGCAUAGAAGUUAUGCCACUGAAGAGACUCUAGAUGUUCUGUGUUAUUCAAAGCACUGUUCAUAAGAGAAUAUGCACAAGAAAAUGAGAAGAUUAAUUUCAAAGUUAAAGAUGGAGACUUUCUUCCCUUCCUUAAAAACUUUGUGUUUUGAGAGAAGAAAAAAAAAUGACCUGACACUACUGCAUAAUCUGCAGCAAGCUGAGCAAAAACAUAUUACCAGUAUUUCUUACAGAGGAGAUAUGCUGCUGUCCACUUUGACUUCAUCCUAACAGAGAAACCUGCAUAAGUGGGUACAGGCAAACACCCUACAAUCAACAUUAUCUUCUGAACAGGUUUGGCUUAAAUUAAGCAAGCUGUGAAAGAUUCACAAUAUAGGAGUAGACUGUUUUUAAGUCCUAAUGUGUGAGUUUCUUAUUGGUUAUGUGUGGGGCAUGGUGCAUAAAACCUUUCCAGCCUUAGUAUAGUAGUACAGAGCAGGACCACUUUUUGAAAUGUAAGAGAAAUGUGAGGGUAAAUUCACAUCAAGGGUGCUGAGACUUUCAAAGCUUAAAUCAGCCUGAUGAAUUCCUUUAAUGCCUGCUGUGUGUGCCUGCUGUGAUUUACAGUGUGGGUGUCACUGGUUCUGCGUCUUCAGUUCUGUGAAUUAUAUGGAUGCAUUUGUACUAUCUAAAAUCAUUUAAGAAAGGUGUAUCCUGGCAUUGGAUCUGUGGGCUCUACAGUAAGUUGUAAGAUGGUGUUACACCCAAAGAUUUGAAGUACAUACAUGUAAGCUUUCCUGUGAUUUUUUUUUUUUUUUUUUUUUUUUUUUGAUGCCUAGGAGUAAGUAUGUUGUGGGUGAGCAGCAAUGGAAGGGUAUCUGGACCAGAAGAUACAUGAAGGGAGCUACAGUGUUUUUGCAACAAGUCAGCCCCUUCAGCUAGGGCAACAUGUAAAAUUUCAGGAAAGAAUAGAGAAAAAUAUGCCUAGUGCUUAUGGCCUAUCCAGCAUUUAGGGUCAUUGUCCUGAUUCUUCUGGUAAAGAACACAUGCAAAUGAGAAGGGGUGGUACUGCAAGAGCUGGUAGAAUAAUAAUGUCUACAUCUAAAGGCACUGUUGCUUUAUUUUAUUGCUCUGAAACACCCUUCGUUACUAGCCUGUAGAGCUGCUUGCUUACACUCCUGAAAUCAAGUGAACAUGGAGUAUAGUACACUGCCCCAUUGAAGCUGCUUCUCUUCCUGUGAUUGAUAACUUAAGGUGGGGUUGGGUUCCUUAAGCAAUAGAAGGUGCCAAAGUCCUUAUAGCCAGGUCACCUGAAUAACAAAAAAAAAAAACCCUUUGUGUGGCUACCAGAACUCAUUUUGAGUACAAGCCCAUGCUCAAAUUGCUUGUAACAGAGCUUGGUAAAUGACUGCUACGGUAAUAGUACAAUAAUGUAGCAGUGGCUGAGCUGGCUCAGACUGGUGUGUGUUUUUUUUUUUUUUUUUUUUUUGGUGGGUGUCUCCCUCCUCCAGUGCAAACAGGUGUGAAACACUCAAUCUGAUUUAUGAGAAUAUUGUCUUGGGCCUUGGCUGCAGUGUUGUAUUCAAGGUUUAAGGUAAUCCUCAUUCUUCACAGGCCAAUGAGAAUGAUUUCCCAAUCUGUGAAACUCAAAGACAAAAUUCUACAGCUACAGCAACUUAAGGGGGAGAGGCCAUGAUCUCAUGAUUUUAGAAUUAGUCAUCAUAUUUCAGCUGAUUUAAAACCAACCCAACUGUGGAAAAAAAUGGAAAAAUUAGCAACUCUCAAGACUCCAGAUAUUCUAAAUUUGGAGGGAGUUUCUUUUGGAGUUUAUUGGGUUUUGUCUUUUUACUUAGGAUAACGAUGUUGGCUUUAGCUGCACUAUCCUUGAAGAUUUCAAUGGUAAUAAAUUUUAGUAGCUUCUUAUGUA